CAUCCUCCGGGAGGAUGGUGAAGUGGGCAAUGAUGUUAACUCAAUUCAAUAUUGAGUACCGGCCAAGGUCAGCAAUCAAGGGGCAGGCCCUAGCUGACUUCCUUGUAGAAAUGACCGGUCUAACUCCAGACUUACCGGUCAACAAGCCCACUGAGCAAUGGUGGGAGAUGGCAGUUGAUGGGGCAUCCGGUCCUAGAGGAUACGGGGGUGGUAUCGUGUUCACCACACCAGAAGGAUUCAAGAUCUACCAUGCAAUCAUCUUCAACUUCAAACUGACGAACAACGAGGCGGAAUAUGAAGCUCUGGCUGGAGGGCUCAGAGUUGCCCAAGCCCUGAAAAUCAGCCGGAUCAGUAUCAAAUCUGACUCUAGCCUGAUAGUAGGGCAGGUGACCGGUAACAUGGAAGCAAGGGAAGGACGCAUGGCACAAUACAAAGACCUUGUACUUGCCCUGUUGAAAGACUUCGAAGAAUUCAAGAUCGCCCAAAUUCCCCGGGCGGAGAACGCGGAUGCAGAUCUUCUCUCCAAAUUGACGCAAUAUGCUCCCGAGCAUGUUUCGAAACUUGCCCGGGUAGAGAUCCUUGACCGUGCAAGCAUCGAGAAAUUGGAAGUCGCCGCUAUAACGGCCGGAAGCCAGUUUGACCGGUCAAACUUGGUCGGGGCGGACGAUCAUUGGAUGUGUGAUCUGAUGGAAUAUUUGACGGAUGGGAGCUUGCCAGAACAAGAUGACCGGGCAAGAAAAGUGAAGCUCAGGGCGCCCCGAUUCCAAAUUCUUGAUGGAAAGCUGUAUAAAAGGGCAUUUGGGGGGCCACUCCUGAGAUGUCUGACUAACCGGGAGGCUGAACGAGUCAUAGCGGAAGUCCACGAAGGCGUAUGCGCGGCGCAUCAAAUGUCUCGUCGAACCUAUCCUAGGAGGGCUUCCUGGGUGGAUCGAAUCCACUUGGCUAAGCCAACUGAGACACAGGCCCGGACCUGGCACGCUGGUUACUACACCGGUCUUGCUCAGUAUAAUAGAAAAAAUAUCAAAACCCGGAAGAGGGGCCCGGAAGAGGGUAUGCCUGCAAGAGGGCUGGACCUGGAAGAGGGUUCGAACCGUACUUACACGGGCCCAUGAGGUUUGACUGGUGUCGGGGAAUCAGCCGGCGCCGUCAGAUUGAUUGGGGACUAAAAAGAUGCCCAUUAAAAGAAAUAGAAGGGGAUCGUCCACCGUGGCGCAUCCUACAUCCCCCUUCUCAGGGAAGACUUGAACGGGGGGGUGAGCUAAGGCCUUCCCGGGAUGGUAGAAAUCAAAGGGCCAUUAAAAGACUUAAUCACCC